AUUGAAUCUGUUUCCUUAAAUCGGGUUGCAAAUGUACCGGUUCCUUAAAGUGUUCCGCCGGUCGCUCUCGUCUGCCGUAAGGACUAGUAAUCCACUAUCCGUUAAUGAUGCCGCAAAGUUCUACGCGCCACAUUUUGGCGUUAGCGUCAGCACGAUGUACAAGUGGUUGCAGCAGAAUCCUUCGGUGAUAGAGCUAGACCGAGAGGAUACGGCCAAGAAGGUGCUCUACCUCAAGUACGUGAACGUAACGGCCGAUGAGAUCUUCCGAAAACCGCAGAUCCUCAGCGCGCAUCUGGUAACGCUGGAAAACCGUACCACGAUCAUGCGCGAGUGUGGCCUGGUGGAGACACUCGACCUGAACGUUAUCUGUAACAGUCUCCGAAUUUUACGAAAAAGUAUCGACCAACUAAAGCGCCACCAGCUGAUACCGGCGGAUCUGAACAUGUACGAACAGAUGAGGCGCCAGUUUGAACAUCCGAUCGAACCAAAGUUCCGGUGGGAUGAUGAAACCAUCCUACAGGAUAUGCGUGUACCGUUUAUCGAUGAGUUUCUGUCUCAGCGACUCACGUUGUCCGAGGCGGAUCGGGAAAAGCUGUGGAAAUCAUACUCGAAAGUUAAGUACAAAAGUUUUGGACACACGCAGCGCGUACUCGACAUUCUCCAGUACGAGUACAAGUUUAGCCGGGAUAAGCUAAUUGCCAACAUGUACCUGCUGCACGCGGAUCCGGAAAAUUUACUCCGCUACCCGGAGCUGGUACCGGCCAUCGGUGGCAUCGAGCUGAAGGAGCUGGCCGUUAAGUAUCCAAAGAUAGUGAUGGUGAACCACGCGUCUGUGGCGAAAACGAUAGCGAUCCUCAACCAGCAUAGCAUACCGGAAGUGGAGCUGCUAAAGUGUCUCUGCAUACUGACGCUCGCACCGAGCACGAUCGAGAAGCGUAUCGAGCGGUUGAAAAGUGUAAAGGAGUUUGAGGUACUGGCCAAGCAUCCGCGCGUCCUGAAACUGAUCCAGUACCAGACGAAAGCCACCAUACGGUUAGAGUAUUUGCAGCAGCUGAAGGUACGCUGCGCUUCGCUGGAUGUGUUGUCGAGUCAUUCGCAAAACUUUGAAAGAUACGUUCGCGAAGGAUGUGAUAGAACGAAGGGUAAAGAUACGGCCCAUUUUCUGAAGGCUAUGUUUGGCGAGGGGGGUGAAGUUGCGCUACAGAAAAUAAAACGCCAUCCGAAUUGGUUCCACGUGCCGAUCGUUCAGAUGAAGGACACCGUGGAGGCACUACAGAAACAACAGUACACCAACGACGAUAUCCUGGACAAUGUGCACAUUCUGCUGUAUCCUUUGAAUCGAAUUGAAGAAAAGCUCCAGGUGUUGGCGAAUGAAGCCAAGGUAAAUGAGGAGCUCGGUUUGGAUGUUAGUCAAGCUAGUCAAACACAAAAACUGGCCCUGGCACUUUACUUAAUUGAGCUGGAGUUCCAUUUUACCGGGGACGGUGUAUGGCCCGAGGCAAUGCAGCAAAGUGAUUCCAGUUCGUCCAUCACCAUCGAGCUGCCGGAAUCACUGAGCACGGAGUAUAAGUUUGGCAAAAAACCUCCCGCAACCACAACGCCCUCGUGACGGCAAGGGAAACGGGCGAUUGAAAUGCCUGCGGACUAAAUAGCACUCGAAGACAACUAGUAGCUACAGUUCUGGGGUCGAUUAAGCUUUUUCGAUCGGCAUUUAAUCCGAAAAGAGUUUAAAUAA